CGUGAUGACGCAAUCACUGCGCGACGAUGCCUAAGAAGAUUUAUAUGAGUUCCCAGCAGGUAGUCAAACGAUGACAACAAAUUUAAAACAGGCCUUAAAAACCCACUUUGGGUUCGACACCUUCAGGUCUAAACUGCAGGAAGAUGUUGUUAAAGCAGUCCAUAGAGGUGACAGGGAUGUGUUUGUGUGCAUGCCUACUGGAGCAGGAAAGUCGCUCUGCUACCAGCUGCCUGCAGUGCUUGCUGAGGGCAUUACUCUGGUUAUAUCCCCGUUAAUCGCUCUCAUUCAGGACCAAGUGGAUCACCUGAAGGAGUUAAACAUCCCUGCCUGCUCCAUCAACUCUAAGCUCCCAGUGAGUGAGCGCCGUUUGAUCCUGGCCGACCUGGGGAGCAGCAACCCGAAGCUAAAGCUUCUCUACAUCACUCCAGAGAUGGUGGCCUCGCCCGCGUUCCAUCCCUGCCUGAUGGACCUGUGCUCCCGUGGCUUGCUGUCUUACCUGGCUGUGGAUGAGGCUCACUGCGUCUCGCAGUGGGGCCAUGAUUUCAGACCAGACUACCUCAAGCUGGGUGAACUGCGGGCUCGAUUGCAAGGAGUUCCCUGUUUGGCCUUAACAGCAACAGCACCCAAGAAUGUACAGGAGGACAUCAUUCAGUCCCUGAGGCUGUCCUUGCCGCUUUCUUUUCUUACACCCGUCUUCCGGAGUAAUUUGCACUAUGAUGUGAUUUUCAGGGAGCUGCUGCCAAACCCAUACGUCCACCUUUGUGCCUUCAUUAAGAAAACAUUAUCACUUGGAGGUGGAUCUAAUGGACAGGGUUGUGGGAUUGUGUACUGUCGGACCAGGGAAGGCUGUGAGACGGUAGCUCACCAGCUGACGAAGCUUGGAGUCGUAGCUAAGCCGUAUCAUGCAGGCUUGAAGGCAACAGAUCGGACAGGGGUACAGAAUGAGUGGAUGCAGGGGAAAGUGCUGGUUAUUGUGGCUACCAUCAGCUUUGGCAUGGGAGUAGAUAAGGCCAAUGUCAGAUUUGUAGCUCACUGGAACCUCGCUAAGUCUCUGGCCAGCUACUACCAAGAGUCUGGGCGAGCGGGGAGAGAUGGCCUGCCCUCCGCCUGUCGCACAUACUACUCCCCGAGAGAUAAGGAGCAAAUUAAUUUCCUCAUUCGGCAGGAAGUGGCAAGAAAGCAGGGAAAACGGGGCUUUGCAAAGGACUCUGACAAAACCGCAAUGACUGACUUUGAAGCCAUGGUGUCUUUUUGUGAACAAGAAGGGUAA